AUGUUAACAACCAAAUUUACACCAAUCUACCGAUAUGGUGGAACGAAAUCUAUAGCAAGAAUAACAGGAAGAAGAAAUUUAUUCAACUUUAAUCUUGAUGAAAAGAGAAAUCAACUUCAAUCUACUCAGACGUAUAAGCUAGUUAGAACGAUUGAAACAACUCCAAGACAGGUUUAUGAAGUGGUAUCACAAAUAGAUAAAUAUAGUGAUUUUAUUCCGUAUUGUAUUGAUUCAUUCAUUGAUAAGAGAGAUUUCAUCACUGGGAAUCCUACGUUAGCGGGACUAAGGGUAGGGUUUAAGUCAUACGAUGAACGUUUUACCUGUAAUGUUAAUUGCCAGGAACUAACUGAGAAACAAAAUUAUAUUGUUGAAGCCGAGUCAAUAUCACAUAAUUUAUUCAAGACAUUGUCUACUAAAUGGACAAUUGUUCCUAAUCCUAGAAAGCAUACCAUGUCACAAGUGGAACUAGUGUUAAAACUUCAAUUUCAUUCGGUCUUGUACAAUAGCGUAUCAUCAAUAUUCGCUGAUAAUUUAACUAGUCUCGCUAUGGGAGCCUUUGCUAAAAGAGCUGUUAAUUUAGGAUCUAAAUAA